AUGGAAGCUGCGGGGAGCAUCCUGGAGAAGAGCAAACAGCUGAGCGAAAUUUUGAUUAAGUCCUUCAAGAAUGAAGUAGGGAGCGUGACUUACCUAAACGAGUGCAGAAAUAAAGACUGCUCGGAAUUUUACAGCGCCUUCUAUCUGGUAUAUUCAGACCUGAUUGAGAAGGACAAGACGUUAAGCCUCUUCAAAGACCAUCUGGUGUUCCUCUCCUUCUGUUACAUGAACAGGUUGUUGGCAAACCACUACCAUGUGUACCCACAGGAGAGUAAAGUUAGCAUCAGAAACAGCUUUAUUAAUAUUCUCUUUUCUCUGCCCCUAAACUUUAAUCAUGAGCUGGAUGGGAACACACUACACAUGAAGGAGAAGUCAGUAGAAGCGGUGAAGAAGAGAUUCUCUUAUGUUUUUCUGAACCCGAGUAACUUACUCAUGGGCGACUACUUCAGUGAGAGGGACAAUUACUUGAUCCGAUUUUAUAUUCAUUCCACGAAGAAUAAGUUUGCCCAGAUUUUUAGCAUCCUCUGUCUGCACAAUGAGUACUUUUACUUUAGGUAUCUGUACAACUUUUUUGUCUUCUUCGUGAGGGAGUUUCUGACUCGAAGGCUGUCUUCGCCCGGGGGGGGGAGCAGUGGAAGCGGCGGUGGGAUCAUCGGUGGCCGCGAUGGCACCGAUGGUGGAUACUUCUCCACCGUGGUGCACAUCUGCCUGAACUUCAUGAGGGAGGUAUUCUACACCAUCAGCAACGAGAGAAGCAGCAAUGUGCAGAACAAGCAGCAGAUAAACGUUCUCAGGGGACUGAUAAUAAACGAGGCGAACGAGUUGUUUGAGUUUCUUUCCAUUUGCUUUUAUGACAGCCUGAGCUGUAGGAAGAGCGGACAAUUCCAAUUGCUCAUCGAAUGUGUGAAGGAGCUGUCCUUCUUCUUCCCCGCGCAUUUGUUCUUUAACCAACGGGGGGGCAGCAACUCCCCGCUGAAGUUUCUGUUGAACUUGCUGUUUCUGCGGUUCGCGGGGGGGGGAAGCGGAGUGGGGAAUGCUGUGGCAGGCCGCACUGAAGCACCGGACGAUGACCAUCCCCUGCCUCUGAACGACUUCACUGUGUUGUACAAUAGCUACCUCUCCGUGAGAGAACUCAGCUGUGUGCCUCCCAGCGUGCACUCCUUCCUGGCAAAACUGGACCUGGAAGAACAUCUCCUCCUCAUCUUUCUCAACAUUAUUGAGUAUAUCUCGAAGAUAAAUAGUAAGACCUUUAUCCAGUUAGAUGAAAGCCAAUUGAUGCAAUUUCUUGAAAGCUACUUUAACAUAAACCUUAACAUAUUCGAUGUAACGAGCUACUCCUAUCAGAAUGUCUACAUACGAAUGAUCCUGAAACUGUCCUCUAUUCCCAUUUCAAAUUAUCUCCACGAGAAGGAGAACAAGCAAAAAUGCCUGCACAUGUACAUAAUUAAUGUCUUCAAAAAUGUAUAUCACCCGGAUGUGAACAUUCUAGCCAACGUACUGACUAUUUGCAAGAAUGUAUUCGAUCACAAUAGAGAGCUCAUCUACAUUAAGAACAGAGAAAGUGAAUUAGCUAGCCAACCAUAUAACAUACGAAAGGUUGACAGAGAAAGUAUGUUGGAUCAAAGCAAUGAGAAGAUGUUCCAUCAUGGCACACAGUUUGUUCUAAAUAAGGAAGACCUGAAGAAACUCUUCCUCUUCAUGUUCGUCCGUUUUAUGAAGAUACCUUUGUACUCACCUCAGAACGGGUUGAACAAGAAGAUGAUGAUAAAUUUUUUUAGCAACUUUAUUAAUGAAUACAAUGAGGAGUGGUUUGAGACGUACUUCCGAUACAUGAGAGAGGACACUAUGGGGGGAGAUGAAACGGAGGAGGCUAACGUCACUACUUCGAAAGAAGGUGGACGAAGUGAUAAGACGAAGAAUCAGCUGAAGCAAAAGAUUCUGGCCCUGUUUCGCGUCCUGGUGGGACUGAACCACGAGGUCUUCUCCAUCAUGGUGGAGGUGUUUUGUGAUUUUUUCCGAUUUUUCAAAAACAUUACCGCGGAGAAUUUGUGCAGUGAAUCGAUGAAAGUGAAGGACUACUUCGUGUAUGUGCUGCUCCGUGUGUACUGUGAUUUGCUGGUUUUUUUUCUUAACACACUGAGGGAGUGCAAAGCGGUGGUAACUGGUGGAGAUAUGGAGGUGAACGAGGAGGUCAUCUCAUUUCAGCUCCUCCCCCCUGGAGAGAAGGAGGCCUACUUCCAACGAAUUAUACACUUGAGGGAUUCCCUCUCGAACAACAUCAUCAGGGGAAGUGGCUCAGAAGCGAGAGAGAUGAAGAGGAAAAUGCAGCAGGUGGUGAGUUCGAAGGGAGUAGACACGAACUGGGAGGGCUCCAAUUCGGGAGAAGACAUCAUAGAGGAGUUAAAAAAGCGAAAGGAGAAAGUGGACCUGCAGAUACAUAUAAUAAAUUGCAUUCAGAAGUAUGGGGGGUCUCCAUACUACGAAAUUAGCCCAGACUGCAUUAACAAUUUGUUGAGUUGCUAUAAGGAGAUUCUGAAUGGAGACUUCACUGACAUGUGCAAAGUGUCGCCCAGCUUCCUCCUCUUCGAGGUGAAGAGGCUGCAAUUCCUCUCCGAGAGCACCUACCUGCUGCACUAUAAUAAGCAGAUCGCCUUAUACAUGAUGGAGAAUCUGCUGCGGAAUAUCGUUCAAGAAGAAGGCACACAAGUGACCACCUCCACAGGGGACGUAGCCGGGCCGGCCGACCCCAACACCUCCGUGGAGCUAAAGAAAAACUACUUUGCCAUCUUCACCUCAAUCAUCUCGAAUUUGAAGCAACUAGUGACGAACGAUAUGUUGGAGAAGAUGCUGAAUACGUUUUUCGAGUUUAAGAAAAACAGCAGUGCAUUCAAGUGUAACAAAGAGCUUUGCGUCUUCCUACUGACCCUCAUAUCUGUCUUAAAAGUGGACGAUUUGAGUGGCAAGGAGAUAACUUCCUACUUGAGGAUGGUCAUGGAGGAACUAUUCGUGUUCCUCGGCGAUGUUACUAAAACUGGGCAAUCUUUUGAGAGCCUUUACGAGUUUCUCUUCGGGGACGAGAGGAAGCUCCAGAUCGGCCAUACGCUUUUCGAAGUGCUGAAGGUUGCGCAGACGUACUUUUGCGUGUUUUCGCUCCCCAAGGUGGAGUCGCGUCUUCGACGAGUUAGCGGCGUUGGUGGGGAUGGCGGCGUUGACCGAGUUAGCGACGUGGAUGGGAAUGCCAGGGCCAUCCAAGAGAACGUUCGACUUCUUUCGAAUAAUCCCUUCCUGCAGAUCAGCAUGGAGCUAUUCACGAGGGUGAUGUUUGUGUACCCUGGGCUGAACGAGAUGCUGAGGAGCUGCCCGUCAUUCGAGAAACACCCCAUGCUUUGCGCGGAGGUGAGUUACUUCCACCUGAGCGUGAGGGAGCGCGAGAUGGCAAGUUUGUGCCAGCAGAGGGGGAGAAGCAGGGUUAGUGACAUUGGCCUGGUUCGAGGCAUGAGCAGCAGUAGGGGGGCACCCCACACAAAAGAAAGCUGCAAGAAGUUCAGCCUGACGAUGAAGUCGCUGCACGAAAACGUGUGCACCGUUGUGAAGCGGUUCAUCAUCGAGGGGUAUCUCUUUCUCUAUAAUGACACCGGGAAGCUGUUCCUGGAAGUGCUCUCCCCCGCAUUUGAAUACGGCCCCUACCACUUCAUGGCCCAGAACGUGCAGCAGGUGUACCUAUGUCUCAGCGAGAAGCUAAAGCAGCAAAUUGGAGAGCGAGGCCUAAAAGAGUUAGCGGCGAAUUGGUGCGAACAGAUCUUUGCACAAUUUGUAUCGAAGCAGUGCAACUAUCUGAAGGCUAACCUGGAACACAUCCAGAUGGUUAAUGAGCAGCUCAACGGACAAGUGGAGAUACGAGAAGAGGAAUACGUCAUGUAUGGAGACCUAUUGUAUCAUACCAAACAGUACAUCUUUACUUUUUUAAAAACAUGCAGAAAUGUCUAUACCGUUCCAAACGAAUUUAAGAAUAAUCGAGACGAUAUAUCCUUCUUCUGUCGUUUUUAUCGGGACGACAAGAAUGAGACAUUAAACACGUUACUUCUAACGUUAGAGUUACUUCUUCACAGUUACGACUGUAACAUUGUCAAGCGGUCCUUAAAUUUCUUUGUCGAUAUAUCCGAAUCGAUUAUGUUGCUCCCUUUUGAGUCUUCUCACUUUUUGAUUUACCUCGGGAUGUUGAAAAUUGUUCUGCGAUCCUUCCUCCUGUUCAAGCCGCCAAUAUUGACUCUCCAGCAGAAGGGGAAGAAUGAUGGAGGGCAGGUCCUUAAUAAUGCCAAUUUGUUGAAGCGGUACGAAGAGCAUACUGCUGGGGGGCGAGGAGGGGAUGCUUCCCAUUGGGGGGACCUUUAUAAUGACUCCGUCGAAGUGUACACUGGAGACAUGAACCUCUUUGUGAAGAAUGACUCGCAAGAAUUAACUUCUUACCUACAUGUGAUGCCGUCUACGUUUAUUAAAAUCUGCAAGAGUUACUUCUCCCUGCAAGCGAAGGUGUAUAGACUGAAGGAGAGUGGUGGCACUUCCUUAGAGGAGUUGCUCCAGCUGGACAGUGUGAAGCACUUUCUUUUCCUCUUCAAUGACGUGGAGGGCUCGUCCUCGUUCGACUUCCGCACCAUCGUCGCGGAUUUGUUCCAACAGAACGGUUGUGACUACUUGAGGGACGCGCUCGUGCAGUGCCGCCUCGGAACCCAGCGGAAAAACGUCCCAGACCCUAGGGUUGCCAGGGCCUUCCAGAGACGGAUCAGCGCUUUGAAUUCCACGGAGGAACUCGAUGAUUAUAAAUACUUCACGGAUGACUACAUCCCGCCGCUGCCCCCCGUGGAGACGUGGGAGGAGCUCCUGAUGAAGGAGGAGAUUAGAAACAAGGAGGAAGACGAGCAUCGAAGCGCGGACGACUACACGCUCACGCACGAGAGCAGGCAAAAGGUGCUAGAAAUCAUGCGACAAACGCGGCUGAUCAACCACUGCAACUAUGAGGCCCAGAAGAACAAACAGAAGAACGUUCUGUACUUCGUGACGCCCAAGCUGGGCCCCUACUGCAAACUGAUGGAGGGAGACAAGGACAAAAUGGAGAGUCUAACUAACAAGGUAAAGGAGAAGUUUGAAAACAAAGUGCAGAUAGUGAAUCUCAAGUUGGACGUCAAGAUGCCUUUGUUUGAAAUCUUCCUACAAGCCAAUAUACAUACCCAGAUAAAGAUUUUCCACGCCAGGGGGAGGACAUUACAGUACAGAUUGCCACCCCCUUUUUGGACUAAGUGUAAAAUACUAAAGGAGAACAAAAUGCUGCAGGAGAAGUACGGAGGAGAGUGUGCCCCAGGUUUGUUUCCCCGUUACGAUGAGGACAUGAUGAUGGAAAUUAUGACCGAAUGUGUUUUUAACGACAAAUACAACUUCUAUGUGUACGAUGUGAACCUGGAAUGGGAGAACCUCUGUGCACUUACUCCGGAGAACAAAGAGCUUCGGAAGAUGGUUCACCAGAAUGUGCACGUUCCUACUCGCCUGGCGGUUAUCAAGGCGUUUGAGGAGGGCAUCGCCGACUUCAGAGAUGUCAUCCACGAGGAACACCUCAUUAUGCUCCGUGAGCAGCGGAAGAUGAAGGAGAAUCGCCGUUACAAUUUUUAG